CAAAGACACAUGAGAAAGUCCGGAGCCCAACGUGGAAUUCCUCCCACAAUUAUCUCCUCCGUGUAUGAAGCAGCGAAGGCCGAGGCAAUGGCUGGCCAGAACCUUGCAACCUGUGAAUGGUCGGCUGAGUUGUCCCGCACAACCUGCAGCUGCCUCGCAACCAACAAGCGAGAGACAGAGUCACCGCUACCUUCCGGAGAACAGGAACAUCUCUCUAGACUGUGACCAUACGAGCGCUUUAUUGAUGAGAGAUUACUGUCUCCCAGCCUUUUCUUCUAGAAGGAGAUUUCGUGACCGCGUUGCUGAUCUCAUCUUCUAAAAGUCUCAGAAAUUCGGUGGCAGGAGGAGGUUGGUAAAUACCGAGCCAGCCAACGCAAAAACCCGUCGUCUUCUGCCCAACGUCGAGUUCAUUCUCACCCAUCUAUUUUCCUCUGUUGUACCAUUUCGUCGGUCGUUAAUUCUCGAAGUUUGAAGUUUCCGUACAGAAAAGAAGAUUUGGUGUUGGUGGUGGAGCGCAUUGGCCGACAAGACGCCCGAGCGACUCGAUCUUCCUUGCACGAGUACCAACAAGCAACCCAUGCGAACAAAGGGCACAGACGACUCACCGCACUGACUUCACACUGAUCCCGACGCUGCGAAACAUGCGGCUGCAGCAGAUACCUCCCUCACUCAGAGGCUUGGUCGCCGGACUACUCCUCCUUCAACCAAUUACUGCAUCCUUUAUCCCCGACCUUCUGCGCAGUUUCGAAGACCUCCAAGAUGUUCAUAAACGAUGCUCGAACCCCUGCGGGUACUACGGCCAGUUAUGCUGCGCCUCCGACGAAGUCUGCUACACCGACUCCAACGAUCAGGCUCAAUGCGGUGCAGGCGGAGCGACCACAACCGCCGCUGGCGGACAAUGGCAAUACUACACAACCACCUACGUGCAGACCGACCUAAAGACGGUGACUGAAACCUUCAGUUCAUACAUGCCCGCCUCGACGAAAAGUUGUUCGUAUUCGACGGGAGAGACGCCUUGCGGAAAUGUUUGUUGUUUGUCGGGCCAAUACUGCCAAUCGUCCGGAGUAUGCGUGGCAGUCGGUGGCGGCAGCUCUGGAUACUACAGCAGUCUCUACACAGUCACCACCGUUGUCACGAAUACUGCCAGUGCCCCUCUCCGACCCACCAGCAAUACCUUGGUCACGGUGACAGGAACCGCCACAACUACACAGCCAUUUGUAACGCCUGUCGGCACUGGCGGAAGCAUCAUCUACGGACAAUCGACCAGCUCUGGCGGUGGAUUGAGUGGUGGAGCGAUUGCCGGUAUUGUCAUUGGCGUCAUCGUCGGCAUCAUCAUUCUCUUACUCAUCUGCGCGUGUUGGUGCGCCAAAGGCUUGAUUGAUGGCCUGCUGGGCAUCUUUGGGCUCGGUCCUCGACGAAAACGAACGACGGAAGAAGUCUAUGUCGAGAGACACUCCCACCGAUCAGACCGUCAUGGCGGCGGCGGACGGACAUGGUUUGGCGCAAGACCCAGGAGAGACGAAGUGGUCGAGGAGAAGAAGAGAAGAAGCGGCAUUGGCACAGCUGGGUGGGUUGCUGCGGGCUUGGGUACUUUGGCACUGUGGCUCGGCCUCAAGAGAAGAAAUCGCAGAGACGACAAGAGCGAUGUGAGCUACGACAGCGCCUACUACACUGACUACAUGUAUUCCAGUGCAGAGAGCUCUUCUGAUGGGAGGACGAGGCGGACUGGCAGAUCGGCAUCUCGAUCUCGAUCCAGGAGGUGAUGGGGAGUAUAGAUGAGAUGACGUACGGAGUAGACGAGACUGUAAAUGAUUUUCCUCUGAUGGGUUAGCGAACAUGCAUUUCAUGGGAUAGGGUCAGCGAUAUUGGAUUUGACACCGAGCAUUGGGCCAGAAGUAUUUUGUGUUAAUACUCCGUACUCCAACUUUGGACGAGAAUUGUGUAUAUGGUAUUCAGAGUACGCGGUAGUGAUGAGGUGAAACUGGAAGUGAAGGGAAAAGGACGGGACGAUUCGGUCAAUGACCGUUUGUACAGCCAGUCAAUCAGUAUUGACGUUGGCAUUGACGAUGGUAUCAAGGACGACAGAACCUGAGUCAUUCCAGAUCAAUCGAAUUGAGAAGAAAGAAUACUCAGUGAAGUAGUGAAUUAACCUGUCACUCAUCAAU